UUUAAUUAUUGCUGAAUUACUAGUGAAUUAUAAGCUGCUCGAUCUUAAUCAUGACUUCAGCACCGGUUCAUUCGGAGAUCAAGACACCAACUCCAUCCGUAUCAAUAAGCCCCAACGAUUGCCAAGUCCACGGACAAUCUGAGGCCCCUCAUCUCGACAGACUUCUCCAAAACCGCUCCAAAGCCGAACUUCAACGUCUCGCCGACGCCAUUGACAGCCUAACGCACGGCGAUCAAUGUGCCAAAUGCGCGGUUCAAGCCGCAGUCACAAUCAUGACCGGCUUUCUUCAGAAAUUAUAUACGGCUAAAAAGACCGGUAAAAUCUCUAAGGAGGAUAAGAAAGCGCUCAAAUCGGAAGUCAAGGGAUUGGUGAAAGGGAUAAAGGGGGAUGUCAAGGCUCGGAAGAAAGAGAUCAAGGGCCAGUAAAUGUUAUCUCUGGCUUCAUCGCUGCAGCUCUGAUGUAAUAACAAGGUUCAUGCUAGUUAGGAAAGAUUUAU